AAUAUUCCGGCUGGGAGCAACGGCACCUCAUUGCUACUGUAUACACAGGGCGAGCCAUGUUAACAUUUCUUUUUGUUAAAGUGUAGAAUUACAGUGUAGACAAUAUCUCUGAGAAAAGAGAAAACCGGUCGGAGGAGAUAAACGGGUUCGGGCCUUGACUGGGGGAACUGGUGUGACGUAGCAGUUCACCAACACACAGACACACACACACCGGCUGCUGCGCCUGCCAGAAUCUCAAUGUGGGGAAAUGACCGAGAGUGACCUCAACGAAAACACUGCAUUUCAGCGACGGCUCUUAUUUCCAUUUUAUACAUAAUUAUAUACAAACUGCGCUUACAUUUUAGCCUGAUAUUCUAUGGUAAAAUACGUUGCAUUUCGGAAAAGGAUACGGUUUAGCCGCUCGCGCUACUGUGCAAGCAGCAGGGCUAACAUUAACUAGCUAAGCUAAAGUAGCCGGGCUAGCUAGUUAGCGGUAGUACAUUUGUUUUUCCUGCAGAUGCUAGGCUAGCUAGCUGCUGCCAUGGAUAAAGCCAAGUCAAUGAUCGACAAAAAAGGAGCGUCUGGACCCUUUCAUGUCAACAACGGUCAGAGCCAGAGGGGGUUUCACUCUAACGGCAGCAAUACAUUCGGCUCGAGCACCGGCGGAUCCAACAGCAGUACGUUUGAGAACAUGCAUCAUAUGCACCGCGGGGACGAUGCGGAGUGCAACGGGUCCCCGGCGAAGAGAUGCAGGCUACGGAGGAGGACGGAAUCGUUGAGGCGAAACAGACCCCCCUUCCCCUGGUUCGGUAUGGACAUCGGUGGCACCUUGGUCAAGUUGGUGUACUUUGAGCCAGUCGAUAUAACUGCAGAGGAAGAACAGGAAGAAGUGGAAAACCUCAAGUCCAUCCGCCGCUAUCUCACCUCAAACGUGGCCUAUGGUAAAACCGGCGUCCGUGACGUCCACCUGGAGCUGAGGAACCUGACCAUGUGCGGCAGGACGGGGAACCUGCACUUCAUCCGCUUCCCAACGCAGGCCAUGCACCAUUUCAUCCAGAUGGGUCGCGACAAGAACUUCUCCAGUUUGCACACAACACUCUGCGCCACCGGAGGCGGAGCGUACAAGUUCGAGAAUGACUUCAGAACGAUGGCCGACCUGGAGCUGCUGAAGCUUGACGAGCUGGACUGCCUGAUCCGUGGCCUGCUGUUUGUGGACCGGGUGAGCUUCAAUGGGCACCCAGAGGGCUACUACUUCCAGAACCCAUCAGACACACAGAGCUGCGUGAAGAAGACCUGCACCCUAGACAACCCUUUCCCCAUGCUGCUGGUCAACAUCGGCUCUGGGGUCUCCAUACUGGCCGUGUACUCUGAGGACAACUACAAACGCGUGACUGGGACCAGUCUGGGAGGUGGUACAUUCCUGGGCCUUUGCUGUCUGCUGACGGGCUGCGAGACAUUCGAGGAGGCGUUGGAAAUGGCCAGCAAGGGCGACUCUACCAACGUGGAUAAACUGGUGAAGGAUAUCUACGGAGGAGACUACGAACGCUUUGGCCUGCAGGGCUCUGCUGUCGCAUCCAGUUUUGGCCACAUGAUGAGCAAAGAGAAGCGAGACAGCAUCAGUAAGGAAGACCUGGCCAGAGCCACACUGGUCACAAUCACUAACAACAUAGGAUCCAUAGCACGGAUGUGUGCUGUCAAUGAGAAAAUCGAGCGUGUGGUGUUUGUUGGGAACUUCCUUCGUAUCAACACAGUGUCCACAAAACUUCUAGCCUAUGCCAUGGACUUCUGGUCUAAAGGACAACUAAGAGCCCUUUUCCUGGAACACGAGGGUUAUUUUGGAGCUGUCGGGGCGCUGAUGGAGCUGCUCAAGACAACAGAGGACCCGUAAAAAGAAAUUAUCUUGUGACAUCAUCAACCCUCGACAAGACGAUGUCAUCCCCCCCCUGAAUGCUGUGAUGUCAUCAACUCGCGAUGCUGUGACGUCAACGAUCGCUGCUGCUGAAAGGUCCCGUUCACAGAGGCCGCUUAAGAAACACUAAGAGAGACACAGAAACUGAGAAAAGCCAUUUUAAUAAUUUAACACUUGUAAAUAAUGAUAACCUCUAACUUUCAUCUCCUAAACUUCCCAAACAGAGUCCCCCUAUCAUAGAGGUUGUAAUAUUGUGAUCUUUAAUUUAUGGUUUCCUGUAAUCACUGUUGAUUUCUGUAAUCAGCCCUGUGUCAGGAAGCGCAGAGAAGGAGUAUUUUAGUGUUUUUUUGUCACUGUGUAUUUGUGUGAAUAGCUACUGUAGCAUAAAGUCCUGGGGGCUGUUGUUCCAUGGGCAACUAUUUGUGCAACAAUAUUUUAAUUUAGGAUGUCUGCACAGAAAUGAAGUCACUCUUGAAUAUGUAUUUGGGCAUUUUUACCUGUAGGGACUCAAGAAGUUUUUGUUUUGACCACAGAAACAUAAUUUGACCAGCAAUGCCUCCUGCCUUCAGCCGUCAGUGUGCAGACAGUUGAUGCUGUAAAACCAUCAAGACCACCAAAAGUGGUCCCCCAGUUUCAAACUGCAGCUGCACAGCAGUCCUGGCAGCAGCUAAAGGUUGGGAGGUAACUUAUUGUUGCCUGUUUGUUGCA